CUCCACGAUUGCCAGGCUGUCUACACGGCGGAAAUAGUCGUUAAUAUCGAAAGUCCGUUGCCAAUGACUUUGUAUCAUAUGAAAAGUCAAACUAACUAAUAGUUGAGCCAAUUUGUUAGCUUGGCCGAAACAAAGGGUAAUCAUCACGCUUUGGGAUUUCCAAUGUGAGCUUCCUCGAUAUAGCUCUGGAUGUAUCUAGAUUCCUUUAAAAUGUACAUUAACAGCUAUUUCUGAAGUGAAGAAAUUUAAAGAAAAUAAAAGGACCUCUAAUGGCAGCCACAGGCGAGCAGGGCGAUGCGCAGGUAACAUUACAGACAGAAAUUGAAGAAAUUAUCCCGAUACAGAAUCCUCCUCUUCAGCAGAAAAUUUAUGUUGCCGUUGGAAAAGACCUGUGUGAGAGCGCCAAUGCGCUCAAAUGGCUGCUGCAAAAGUUGGAUAACACACAAGCAGCCUUCAUAAUUCUUCUUCAUAUACAGUGUCGACCUCGCUACAUGCCAUCAGCCAUCGGGAAGAUUCCUCUGAAUGAAGCGGACGAGGAUCAUGUGAAGGUUUACAUGAAGGAUUUAGAGAAGGAACUCAAGAUUUGCCUUGAUAAAUAUUUACAGAUGUGCACACGAUUUAAGGUCAAAGCAGAGCCUUUAGUUGUUGAGAAGAAUGACGUUUCCAAAGGAAUUGUUGAAGUCGUUUCAGAGCUCGGUAUCACGAAGCUUAUCAUGGGAACAACCUCAGCCAGCGGUGGCAUAAUCCGAAGCAACCUAGGAAAGAUGAAGAUGAUAGCACCAGGCAAAGCGGAUUACGUCCGAAGGCACGCCAUAGAGACCUGCGACUUGUGGAUUGUGUGCAAAGAUAAACUUGUAUCACAUAAUGCCCGGAAAUUCAAGGGCCAUAAGAGUCCUUGUCCAGACGAUUUUGGAAAAUUGCUUGCAUCGGCGCCAAACUUCCAAUUGAAUCUGGAAAUUUGCAAUCGGAAUCCCUCGAUUUUUCAAGUCAGUGGAAAUUCUACACCUGUGUCGGUCUCGGAGAUAUUUGUCGAUUUUGAUGAAUUAGUUUCCUCUGAAUCGGAAGUGGCAGACACUCCAGCGAUUGAUGUUGACGAAGGCUGCUCUCAUGGCACUAUCGAGCCUGAGGCUCAAAGAUCUCAAGAUAUUGAAGCUUUCAUAAAUCAGCUCAGAGAGGCAUUGGAAGCAAGCAAGAAGGCAAAAACAGAAGCGCAAAGGGAAGCCGCCAAUCGUAAGAAUGCAGAAGCAGCUACUGUUCGUGCUAAUCAGAGAUUUGCAUCCCUUGAAACUGCCUUUAACACGACAAUGAGAGAGAAGGAAGAAGCAACCUCACUCUUAAAGCUUGUCGAAGAGAAAUGGCAAGAAUUUACAGGGCAACCAUUUAAGGUGGAAGAAAAUCUUGAAGCAAUGUUUGACAAGCUAAACCAAAUCUCUCGUGAACGACAAGAAGCCAUACACGAGCUCGAAGCAGGACGGGAAAAGCUCGCCGCCAUGGAAGAACAAAUUAAAUAUUUUCAAGACUGCUUGAAUUCAAGACCGCAGAUCGAAACCCCGACCACUUAUACCUCCUCCUCGUCAAAUAAUCUUGAAUUCAGAGAAUACUCUUUCAACGAUAUCAAAGCGGCGACAUAUAAUUUCUCUGAUAAUCUCAAACUCGGGGAAGGAACCUACGCUGCCAUUUACAAAGGUGAAAUAAGGAAAACAAUCGUUACGGUCAAAAUACUCAAGAAAUACAAUUUAUAUGCCCAGCCACAGUUCCACCGCGAGACCAAAAUUUUAAAAGACAUCCGGCAUCCAAAUUUAGUGAGGGCUCUGGGAACCUGUUUCGAGCAACGCUGUAUAAUCAAUGAAUAUAUAUCCAACGGAUGCCUAGCAGAUCAUCUGACCUGUAAAAGCUCAGCUCCGCCGCUCCCUUGGCAAGCAAGAAUUCGCAUUGCCGCCGAAGUUUGCUCCGCCUUACAAUAUUUACACAGUUUAAAGCCAGAUCCAAUCGUCCAUGGCGAUCUGAGGCCCCAAAAUAUACUCCUGGACGAAAAUUUCACCAGCAAAAUAAGCGACUUCGACCUGCCUCGUCCUCUGCCGCACGUUUUAUUCUCACGGUCGGAGAUCAAAGGUACACAUUCCUACUUGGAUCCAGAAUACCUUAAAAGCGCCGGAUACUCUACCAAAUCCGACGUUUACAGCCUCGGAAUCAUCAUUCUUCAGCUUCUGACAGGAAAACGGGCGCUCGGACUGGUAAAGGAAGUGGAAUAUGCACUAGAAAACGGCAAAUUAGAGCUGGCUUUGGAUCCUUCAGCCGGUAAUUGGCCAUUUGUGCAGGCUACUCAGUUAGCUUAUCUUGCCUUACACUGCGCAGAUCCUGUAGGAAACAAUCGCCCUGGCCUUCAACCGACUGUAAUGAAAAUGCUUGAUCAGCUUAGCAACAUGGCCGUCCCUGAGCCGUACACAGCCAUGCCUGUCGAGCGUGAUCAAAGCGCCACGCCAGUCGAGCAUGAUCAAACAUCGGAGAAAUUACCUGAAGAAACACGCAUUCCGAGCCUCUUCAUCUGUCCAAUUUUCCAGGAGGUUAUGGAGGAUCCUUGCGUUGCCGCAGACGGCUUUACAUAUGAAAGGGAGGCGAUUCAAGGAUGGUUGGAUUGUGGAAAAGACACAUCUCCCAUGACAAACAAGAAACUUGAGAAGAAGAAUCUGAUCGCAAAUUUUUCUCUGAGAUCAGCCAUUCGACAGUGGCAAGAGAAAGGCGAUCUCUUGUAAAUCAAAAUGUUGUCACACAUCGACAUAAGUUUAUUGUAUUUGAUUGUUUGGUAAUGUCAAUCUUAAUAAAAGAAAUAGAGUUCAUAGACGACCGAGCAAUCUAAGGUGAGGAUUCACUCCAGAGGGCUUGGAAUGCAUGUACACCGUCCCUUACAGCAAUUAUUGGAAAUGUUAAUGUAUCUGACAUUAAUAAAAUAUUCAGUCAAUCUACACUGUCUGAUUUCCAU